AUGGCUGGAAAAGCUCAUCAGGAGGUGCCUACAUACGAGGAAUUUGAACCAUUAUGCCAAUGGCAACGUAAUAAAGAUAGAGACAUUCUUGAGAUCCAUCUUCAAGGUUUCAAAAAGGACCAGCUCAGAGUACAGAUCAGCAACCAUGGCGUCCUCAAAAUCUCCGGCGAGCGUCCGGUGGACACGUCAUCCAAAUCCAGAUUCCACAAGGAAGUCCCCGCUCCCAGCAGCACCUACGACGCCCAAUCGAUCCAGGCGAAGUUCACCAACGGCCACCUCUACAUCACCAUGCCCAAAAUCAACCACGAACCCGACGACCCCAAGGUCCCGCCGCCGUCCGAGCCGGCCGAAGCAGAUCGGACCCCGAAACCGGAAUCCGCCGCACCUGAUCGAUCUACGGCAGACCCACCAACUCCUGCGUCGAAUGAAUCCGGGAAGACGCCGGGUUUCACGAAGCUGGCGGUGGGCCUGGCCGCCGCGGCCGUCAUCCUGGCGGCGGUGGUUGCUUGGGUUGUCUAUAUGCAACGAUCGUCGGCUGGUAGGAUUGAUUGGGUGAAAUCGGAGUUUUAA